UGAAGCUGUCAGCAUGCACCGUUUCACAAUGUUUAUAAAUUGGUUUUAUAUCGUUACAGUAUACUAAACGGCAGUUUAUGCCUCGUAUUGUUUAUUGUAUCGUUAUUUACAGAACUUUUGUACUGUGAGUAGUGAAAAGAGAAGCUAAAGUCGUUUAUGAUUAACUUGAAGAAUUUGAGGUUAAGUCUCUUACCAAAUUAACGCAUAGCUGUUAUUAAGCAUGGCUUCUGAAAAAAGAAAGGAAGCAGGGCUUACUUCGGGCACAAAUGUUAGGAUAAAGUUGGAACCCGGUACAUCAGCUGUUUCUGCUGCAAUGAUACGUAAUAUUAAGAUGGAACCUGGACUCCCUGCAUCUACGACCCGGCUGACUUCCUUCCGAGUUCCGCGAGACCUUACUUUAGGAGCAAAUAUUAAGACUGAGAAGCCUAAGAAAGUGUACACUCCAAAUCUUAAUGUUCAAAGGAAUAAAAAGAAGGAAGAAGAAACACCUGUUAAAUCCAAUGCAGUCAGAGGUCAAGGUCGGGGGCGACCCGAUCGGGGCAGAGGUCGUAAUAAAGGACAAAAUAAUUUAGUCCAGUCUACAGGAGUUUUCUCAGAAGGUAUCAUGGAGACGUCUCGUGAUAGACGAUCACGUCAAGGUGGUGGCACUAGAAGCAGCGACGAUAGGAAAGAAGCACAAACUAUGUUGGAAAAACCAAAAUUAAAUUUAGAUCACAAUAUUGAUAAAGCCGAUGAAGAAGAAAAACUAAAAAUGAUACUACGAGAUGACUUCAUUGAUAACGAUGCAGAUUUGGAGGUGGAUAAUGCGCCAGUUAUGCUGCCUAUGUUCACCGAGGGAAAACUAUACAAAGACAUAAUUAAGGCAGAACCUGAAACCGAUGAUGAAAGCGAAGGGAAAUCAAAACCUUCGAUUCUGGAAAAGAAGAGAGUCAAAGAAGAGAAACAUAAAAUCCACCCCUUCCAAAAUGCAGAUGAGAAGAAAGUGGUAGACAGCAUUCCUCAAGUAAUCAGUAAUAAGUCAAGCAACUACAUUCUGAUACAGUUUCCAGAUUGCUUGCCAGGGUUGAGAGCAGAUUCCGAUUCCAAUGACGUUCGAUCAAAAACAGCCACCAGUUCAAAUGGAGAAGCCGAAAGCGAGAAUAAACCAAAGGGUGAUUAUUGCACCUUGAACAGUUUGAAAGCAGGCGUCCUAGGUAAAUUACAGAUUUUGAGAUCCGGAAAGGCACGUUUAGUUCUUGGCGACAAUAACCUACUCGUUGACCUCGGCUCCAGAGUUAGUUUUCGUCAGGAUGUAAUUGCAACCAAAGUAGACACUGAAACGGCAUCUGGUGAAAUGAUUAAUCUCGGGCCCAUAAGCAACACAUUUAUAUGUUCCCCGGAUUGGGAAACCAUGUUAGCUAAUCUGUAAAAACUAUACAAUAUGAAUUUUUUUAAAAUAUAUUGUUAAAUCUUCUUUCAAUUGUAUUCAAUACAUCGUUUUAAACAGCGUUGACUCUCUUAUUUCUUAAACAGCUCUUUGAAAUCAUGAAUUAU